UUCUUAACAACUCUCAAGAAUUAUUAGUCAGAAGAUAGUGUUAAUUUGCGCAAGGCCUGUAAUGUAGCAAGUUGGGUGGCAAAUGCAGCAAAGCUGAAAACAACGAAUGCAACUGACCUAUAAUCGAUUAGAUUCAAGCUUGGACCCAUGCUAGAGACCUUCACAAAAAUGCAGCAUAGUAGAACUGUAUAUACAAAAGGAACGUGUUCAGCCACUUGAAUAUUCAAUGUUGACAUUUCACCCGAUUACUACUUGGGGGAAAAUUUCAUUUGAGAAAUGUCAUACAUAAACUUGUCGUUAGUUCGAAAAAUGAAGAGCCGAAAGUUUGCCAUUUCUCCUAAAAUUAAAUGGGCUCAAUAAAACUGGAAGAUUUUAUUUUAAAUGGUAGACACUAACCAGCUAGAAAACCAGAUCAAUGAGUUUAAUUUUUGCCGGAGGAUCAAAGAUAAUCAAGAAUGCCACCAUUCGACUGAUUUCGAAGAGACCUUAGAAAUGUUGCAUGACCUUUUCAAUUUUUGAUGGCGUGAACAAUUUUAAGUUAAUGACGUCAUCAUAUUUAUGACGUCAUGUAAAUCAUAGAAAAUGUAAUAGAUCAACUUUACUAGCCCAAAUUGGCUCUCUUUAUCUUUAAAAGUAAAUUCAAGACAUUUUAGAGUAUUUGCACCAGUAAUAAGGGGUUUAAAUGAAACAAUGCCAAAUUGGUGUAAAUAAAUCAUGAAUAAACGAUAUAGAUAAUAAACUUAGAUGGAAAUCAUAUCUCUGAUUUUUACUUUUUGGUGCAUUUUGAUACAUUCUAGAGACUAUAAAAGGACUUAAUAAUUAAAGCUGAGAUAUUACCAAUAAUUGGCAAAUUCUGCCAUUUUCUUCAAUUAUGACAUCAUUAUAACGUCAUGGAUGUAAUGAAAAAUUUAAAAAGUUCCCUGUUGUGUAGAUUUUGUUGCUGUACACCAUUUUACCAAGUUCUAUCCUCAUAACAGCAAUAUAAGUGAAUAUCCUAUUCGAAUGCAGUGUCAUGGAUUUUCUUGGCAGCAUUUUGAAGAUUUCGACUGGCAGCCAUUUUGAUAUGCAAAUUAAGCCCUUAAAUGAGCUAAUUUCGCUUGGGAUCCUCGAAAUUCGUAAUCAGCAUGGUCGAAAUACCCAAAAUCAACUGGAUCCCAGCUUCUACUAAAAAUGCCCCUUGUUUUAUAAUUUCUUGGAAUUGGAACCAGUCUAUCAGACAGUCCUGUUUCAACAUUAGUUGUGUUUUGAAAGCGACUUUUACAGUUUGUCAUUAUUAAAUCUAUGCAUCGUGGGUUAUCUGGCUUGUGACAGGUUGGUUUCUUGAUCAAGUUAACCAGAGUCCAGAAAAAGUAAUAACCUUCCUCCGUCUGCAAUUUUUAUAAUCCAAACCUUCCUCAUUUAGCAGCUCAAAGUUGUCUGAUUGACAGUUGUUGCUCAAAAAUUAUGUAAAUAUUAUCUCUUAAAAUGCAAAACCCUUUACAGUCGUUACACCCAUUCACUACAUUCGAUCAAAUUAAAUGAGUUUUUUCAGGCACAUUUAUUCUGAUACGUCAGACAGGUACUUUUAAAACCACGGUACUCUUAGUCUCUUUUGUUGGUUGCCACAUGUUGUCGCGAAGGUGGAAGUUUGAAAAAAACUAGUUGUUUUGGGCCAUCUACACGCUUUAUUUUUGUUCUGGGUGGUUGGUCGUGAUGCUUUGUAUUUGGUUGUUAUUUGAGGUUAUCUUUUCUGCAUUCUUCUCCACAAUAAAAACAGAUAACACGAAACUUGCUUCCAUCCUUUCCUCAUUUAUUGUAGCCAUAUAUAGAGCUUCCGUCGCAACACACCCAAUGGCUAAUUCAGUUUCGCACUUUCACUACGUUUCAUUUCACAAGUUUUCCCGCCAAAAUUCACCUUGUUUCCGUAAUCGUAAAUGAGGCUCCAUGUAGCAAAGGUUGAGUAACAGCAAAAUGGCGGUGACACUAACACAGUAAGACUAUGGUAGGAGAAACAUUCAUUUCAUGAGAAGAAAUUAUUAAAGUCUUUGUUCAGAAACAAAGAUAGUUUUAAGGAAAAUUAGAAGCUCUGAUUGUGGAGCAGUGCGCUAGUUCUUCCUGUCGAUAUGACCAGCACAAUACAACAACACGACUGUGAUUAAUGAUUAUUUUAUGUUGUAAGAACAUAUACAAACUAUGAGCUAGAUAAUAGAACGUAGAUACAGCAUACAUUUUACCACUCCUUCUAUUAUGACCAAUUUACUUUAUUUUCCUCAGGCAGUCAGUUUAUUAUAAACUUUGUAAAAUCCAGAGGCAAAUUAUGUAAUUUCAUGGGUACAUUUGACUUUCAUAUGCAAUAGAAACCCAAUAAUAUCACAUUUCUAGUUGGCUUACAUUUGCCUUGCAUCUGCAAAUUAAGAUUUAUAGUUAUACAUCUGGCAUCUGCCUUUCUUUCUAACUCAUGUUAUUUCCCAAAGCUAGUUCUAAAUUUAAAAAUGUUAGAGAGCAGUAUGUAUCAUUCUAUACAUAGGUUAAUUAUUGUAUUGUAUUGUAUAGAUUAAAACACACUAAUUAAGACUAACACAAAUGAAGUAACCAAGAUUUAAUUUUAGAAAGAUUCUAGAAAGGUAUGUCCUGUUCUGAUCACUGCAACAGAUACACCAAAUUUAAUUUCUUGUCACAGAAAAGCACAUGACAAAAAAGACAUUUAUUUUAUGCAUAUUAAUUCAUACCUAACUUAAUUUUAAGAUGACUGAUACCAAAUGGAACACCUUCUUCCUAUCUUUCUGCAUUAUAUUCAUGUUCAAAUACAGAUUGCUUAAGUAGUGGGAUUCUCUGUCACUGAUAAAUCUCUCUGCAUUAUAUUGAUGUUCAAAUACAGAUUGCUUAAGUAGUGGGAUUCUCUGUCACUGAUAAAUCUCUCUGCAUUAUAUUGAUGUUCAAAUACAGAUUGCUUAAGUAGUGGGAUUCUCUGUCUAUCACCAUGUUCAGAUCACUGAUAAAUCUCGGGUUGUUAGAAACUGUUUGCUUGAGAAACAUUCAUCUACAUCUUUACAUUUCCCUCAAAAACAUUUUAAUAUCCCUUGCCAUGCUGUAGAUUUGUAAGUUUUCACAAACUUCCUGUGGUCUAAACACACAAGCCUUUGAAAUUGGAAGAUUGGGCUUUACGGAAUUACUUAUUAACCUUCCUCAAAUACGACAUUAACAGGCAAAACCUCCCUCUGGCUCCCAGCCGUGGAACAGUCAAUUUUUCUGGACUCUAAAGUUAACUAAUAUGUUUACUGUGCUCCCGUCGAUGCUACACUGCGCUGUUUUCGAAGUCAUCUUACGGUACUUUAUGCCCUCUCGUUGUGCGCAAUACUCCGACCCACAAAACGUGUUCUUUUCUCACUAGGAACCUGGGGCGAGGUCGCUUACAAUGUCAAAACUCUUUUCGUGAAUAAAUGUAGAAUUUAAUUAGCCACCGACUAUAUUUAACGAGCAAACAUAAAAAAGAAUGAACCAAUAUUUAAUUCGAAUGAACAUUAAACGGAACGAAUAAACUUUAAAUAGAACGAAUGAACAUCAAAUUGAACGAAUAAACAUUAAAUUGAACAAAUAAACAUUGAAUUGAACGAAUAAACAUUGAAUUGAACAAAUCGUUCAGUAUUAAAUUGAAUGAAAUUUGUGGUUCACCGGUUUUGAAAAGCCCGCACUAAACACUAACUGACCCAUGAUUUAUCUAGAAGGAACGCAAAACCUUUUAAUGCCACUCUUAGUUAGAAUUAAAUAGCUCAAAAUCCGAAUAAAAAUGAUGACAAUUUUACCUUGUUUCCGACGACGAUCACUGGUUAUGUUGGCAGCAACAACGCGGAACAACGCGGACAUCGUCACAAAUUCCCAAAUAUGAUUGGAUUUUGGAACCAUGACAAUGACAGGAAAGCAACCAGCUUAAAGGCUCUUGGGAAACUGGCAUGCCUAGCGGCAUCUGUCUUGAGAAACUGGUUGAGUCGCAAAGCAUGCCAGUUGCGCAAGGCACUAUGUCCAAUUAGUCAACCGUUUAGAGUUAACAGGCUUUGCAGCGCGUUUAUAUUCGAUGAACAUUGAGAAUUAGCCUUUAGUUGCCGAAUGGAUACGUAACAAUAGGUUAUUGUGCAGCCCAUCCAAAGGAAAAUUUAAAUUUUCAUUUAAAUUUCCAUUCUAAAUGAAAAUUGAAAAACUAUUCUAAAAAGACCAGUGCUGGAAAUUUCUACUUCAUGUCACUGGUAGUCUAUAUCAUUUUACUUUUGGAGUAGACAAAUGACAAGCAUAACCUACUUUCUUGUUACAGUUACAUAAGAAAACCAACAAAACAGAUCCGUUGGUAGAAAACAUUUGCCCUGCAAAAAUUAGUUUUGCCCUGCGAAAAGGUCCUACUUUCAUGGUUGGGGGAGGGUGGACCACUUUUUUCGAAAGCUGCGCCCCCCUGAGCCACUCCCACUCCUAGAGAUGCUCCCACUGCAUCCCUGUACUUCAGGGUCAUACGGUCUUAGGUCUUAGGGUCUCAGGGUCUGAUUUUUACAGCGACCAAAAAUGGCUUGAUGUUACAGCUUACUAUUAUUUUUAAACAGCGGACAAAAAGGCCUUUCCCUUGGUUUUGUCCUUCACAAAGACGGUCUCGUCUUAAAAGUAGCCGGAGAAUCCGAGGAUGGCUAGGCUCAAUAACACAGAAUCAACUGCACUCCUUGCUUCGCAAACAUCUGAGCAUUUGUCAGGUUCUCGGGAGUCGAUUAAUGGCGUCCAACUGAAUGUUAAAGAACUUGCAAGAAGUCUUGGCUUUUGGCAUGCAUUUGCCUACGUGGUAGGAAUCUUGUUUGGCUCUGGUAUGUACAUCUCGCCAAGCCUUGUAGCAAGAGAAACUAACAAUAUGGCUAUAGCGUUGGUAGUUUGGAUAGUCUCUGGAAUAAUACCCAUCUUGGGUGCAAUGUGCCUUUGCGAACUGGCUUGUGCAAUUGGCAAAGCAGGAGGUGAAUACAUUUUUAACAAAGAAGCCUUCGGAGAUAUUGCUGCAUUUGUGACUUUGUGGACGAAGGCUGUUAUCUGUUUUCCCGCUACCAUCGCUGUGUUGGGAAUGGCGAUCAGUGAGUACAUUUUAAGCCCGUUUAUUGACAUAACUGCCUCCAAUGGAGUUUGGAUAGCAAAAGCUGUUGCUGUGCUUUUCAUCGUGAUGUCUGCCAUCAUAAAUUCUUUGAGCCCCUCGUUUGUUGGCAAAACCCAAAUCUUUUUCACGGCCAUCCAGUCACUAUCAGUGCUAUUUUUCAUCUCUCUGGGAAUAUGGAAAGCUUCUACAGGACACACUCAAAAUUAUGUUUCUAUUUUUGACAAUUCCAGCAAAUUUGAACUCGGUAGUUUGGGUAUAGCAUUUUACAAUGGACUUUGGGCAUAUGAUGGAUGGGGCUAUAUUUGCACAAUCACAGAGGAAUUGAAAAACCCAAAAAGGGACAUCCGAUUAGCAAUUCUUUUUGGAGUCGGAUUUGUUAUUCUAUGUUACCUUUUGAUUAACUUAGCGUUGUUGACGGUUUUAACCCACGAAGAAAUUGCAAGUUCAUUGUCAGUGUUUACGCUGUUUGUGACAAAGAUUCUCGGCAAAAAUGUCGCAUUCUUUGUGCCCUUUGCUGCUGCUUUUUCCUGUUUCAGUGCACUGAAUGGAAUAAAUUUUAUUUCCUCUCGAAUUGUUCUCUCUGGCUCUCGCGAAGGACAUUUGCCUGAACCAUUGUCGUACAUUCAUAUGGACAGAAGAACGCCCAUACCAGCUGUCUUAUUUCAAUCUACAUUGUCAACGAUUUGGAUCCUCGUUCUUGGAGGUGGCACGCAAAGUCUUGUUAUUUACUAUUCAUUUGCAAUUUGGUUUACAUAUGGCUUAGCGAUAUUCGGUGUCAUUGUUUUACGGGUACGCCAACCAGAUCUACCGAGACCCUUCAAGGUAUGGAUUAUCAACCCGAUAUUCAUGACAUUAGUUUCUCUGUUACUUUUAGCUUUCCCAUUUUUAAAACGACCAGUUGAGUGCAGUUUAAGCAUGGUUUUUGUUUUAGUAGCAGUUCCGAUAUACUUUCUAGUUGUUCAGGAACGAAACUGCACUCCAGACUGGCUGCGCAGUUGGAAAGACAAACUAUACUUAUGUAUCCUUUUGCGCUGUAACCUCGUGAAGUGUGUUUUUGUUGCCAGCAAGAUUCAAGGAGCGGAUUUCCAAAAAGAUACUACAAGUAUUGAGUUGAAUUAAUCAGCAACGUAAAUUCUAGUUUAGAUUCAAACUUUGAUCCGUUCUAGUUCUAUGUAUUCUCUAAUCACACUUAUGUAUUCUUCAAAUCUGAUUUCUAACGCAUACUUCAACGUGUACAUUAAGUGACUACAAGAAUAACUAUUGAGGAGUACCAAACACUUUCUUACAAGCCAUGGCUUUGCAAAAAUCAUUUAUUUGUCACGAGAUCUUUUCCAGAAAGAGGUCGCCAUAACGUUACAAGUUUUGUCAGCCUUCCCAUUCACUCUAAUUUACUUUGCAAAAUAAAUGAUUCUGUUGCUCAAGCAGUGGAUUGAUACUAGGUAUGUUAAUCGCCAAAAAUUGCAGACGGUAAAAUUUUCACCGUCCGAAUUUUUUACCACCCGAAAAGUUUUCUGCUAAUAAACAAUUUGGAACUUCUGAGAAUCAUUUUUCCUUAAGAUUACGAUAUGAUUUAUUGACCAGGCAAUGUUGAUGAUAUAAUAAAAGGAUGCGAACAUCCAUGUAAUUAAAUAUACGUAGAAUCCGAUUCACGUAGAAAGAAAAUCCACUCACAAAAUUCAAGUGAGUCGCACAAAAAGAAAAAAGACUCGCAGAAAAAUGAAACUCGUCACACAUUUUUAGCAGAUUGAGUCGCACAAUUAGAAAAGAGGUCGCACUUAAAGAAGAAUGGGUCACACGUUGGAAAAGGGAAGGUUUUUUAUUGAAUUGAAUGAAUUUUUGUUCAGCGAUGAUGUUUUGCCCAAACUGCGGGAAUUUCAGAGACAAAACCCACUUUCUCAUCAUUGGAAUAAAAUAAUAUGCGCGUAUUUUUGGACUAUUGGGACUAUUGUUCAAUUCGAUCACAGAAACAUGCAGACAGGCUAAAAGUUGUGUUAGAAUUAUCUACUUGAAAACAGCAUUGACUUUUUAUUCCAUCCAAAACGUUACAUAACAAGUUACUGUAAUACCUUGACUACACGCUACUUUACUGUUGAACAAACACUUAGUUGGGAUACCAUCUUUAAAAAACCAUCUUCCCUUGCCUCUGACGGAGAAAACAAAAAUACUGGUGUAAAGAAUGGUUUAUGGACCAAGCUAGACAGUAUGAGAAAAGUUAGUGGCAGUUAACUCCCACUUCUAAAAUUGUGGUGUGCCUGUGGUAAGUCCAAUCUUGCUUGGGUUUCAGUGAUAAAGAAUGUGGCAGAAGUUCAAAAGGCAAUUAAAAAAGCUACUGCGGUGUGUACAUUUUUUCACCAACAUGGCACAAGAUGGAGGGAACUAAGAAAGGUGGCAGAAAAAAAUGAAUUGCACCUAAUGAGAUUGCCAUGCUAUUUUGAAAUGAGAUGGGCUCAGUAUGCAGCUCAGCUUUUUCAAAACAUAAUUUCAAGUUGGUGUGUAUUAAUGACGUACUUUAAGGAAAGCACUGAGCCUCAAGAACAAGGUUUUUUUGAAAAGCUACAAGAUCAUGAUUUCCUGCUCUUGGUGUGCUUCGUUGCUGAUGUGACAUCUCUAUUUAGACCAUUCGAAAUGAGGUUCUUAUAAGUAUCAAAACGUUUUUGAAGGAAAGAUUCGACGAUAAAGAGUUUGUUGAGCUAAAUGCAAUUAAGAAUUUGCCAUCAGCAAAAGAACAAGGCUUACGAAAGCUUCUUGCAGCUAUCGUCUCGGACAAAAGUUUAGCAGAUUUCGUCAAAGCAUGCGUUGAAGUAGGACAAAUGAAAGACUUGAAUCACAGUGAUCUGAGACUUGUACUCCAAAGAAUUUUACCAGAAGAAACAAUGGAGCCAUUAAAAGUGGCCUUGGCUCGUAUUACGCAGCACAACCGCAAUCUGCUUAUGUUGAAAGGUUGCUUUCUGCUUGCAACAAAAUAAAAACAGAUGGGCAAAGCAGUAUUGCUCCAGAAACACUUCGCAAAUGUAUGCACAUUGCAAUAAAUAUGCCUGAUCUUGCUUGUUUUGAUUUCCGAUCAGCUGCUCUCUUUCCGAUCAGCUGAUUCCCUUUCCGCGACGAGGUACUUACUAUCCCAACAAGUUUACGUUCUCUCUUUCCGUUUUCCGUUGCUUAUCCGAUCUUCCAAAUUUUUCCUUGUCCAAUUUGAAAUACAAAUGAUAAACGCAUGUAUCUGAUUCCAAAGAUAUUAAAAAAGCUUAGCCCGUAUCUCUUGAGAUACUCGUGUCACGAUACCCAAUUUUUUCUUCAUUCAUUUAGAUGUAUUUUUUCUAUUCUAUCGUCAUCAAAUAGUUUGCUUCUUUUAGUUUAGCCAAUUUUUUGCUAAUCAGUUUAAUGACUAACUUUGAUUACAUCGUUUCAGCUCUACCUACGUUUUACCCUCGUUUUCAUUCCUUUUCGGUGUCUACUUUUAGUGCAUGACUCGGUUGUUUUUCUUACAUUGUAUCGUCGCUAAAGCUAAUAUCAUGUUAGUCACUUUUCCUGUUUUUCUAAAAUAUUAUUGGUUAAGUUCUUCACGUGUUUCCGCGUAGCUUUUUAUUUAAACAGUAGUUUGUAAUUAGAAUUUAACUUGUGUUCCAUGUCUCACUGGAGUCAUGUUUUUGUUGAUUGAAUAAAAAUGUUAAUGUGAAAUUUGUACUUUUCUAUACCGCUCGAGCCUGACUGCCCUUCACACUCGCUACCAGCUAAGUUUUUCAGAUCAUUUCUUUGUUCUACUAUUCCUCUAUAAAGACCACACAAAAAGAAUAUUAAAGAUGAUUCACAUCACGUCCUGUCAAUUUCAAUGCAUUGUUUAAAUGAAUAGACAUAAUCUUCACAGUAGACAAAAUCUAAAUAGACACAGUCUGAUUGUCAGGAAUAAAGUCCCUACAAUUAGACUGAAACUGUGUCUCAUUUUUCUUUUUAUCAGUUAGUUUUUAUUUUUAAUCAAAUUUUAGUGUUUAAUUCUUCUCCUGUUGUAACCAGAUGAUCAAGCCUCCAAAUGCUAACGCAUCGAAGUAGUUGAUAAGUUGAAUGAAUACAGUGAACAAGGACAACCUUUUGGUAACCUUAAAUCUAACUUAUGUGGCAUAUGUAGCAAACGAGUAAAUUCAAACCAAAAGUUUUUGAACUGCAAGCAAUGCAACCACCGUAUCCAUAUUACUUGUAAUGACACAUCAUCGAAAGAAUAUCCAACAUUUUGUGUUGAGCCCUGGGUCAAAAACUGGAUCUGCCUUUCCUGCACCUUUACUAAAACCGCAAGUAUAUUUCCGUUCUCUCUGGAGACUGGUGAGUCCCUGCUUGCCUUGAAUAGCAUCAAUCUUCCCUCGCUUACUUACCUUAUGCCAUCUUAUGAAAUAACGUCCCAGCUUUUUACUUUACCCAAUCAAUCUGACUAUGAUAUAGAUAAAUAUCUGAAUGGUAAUAUAAUUUCACAAUAUUGUGUAAUAGAAUAGCUUGUUUUUUUUUGUAUCACAAAUAAAAACAACUCAAAAUUAACUACAUAUAAAUAUUCUGUGUCUGCCGUAGCCGGAAAAGACAUGAUGUCAUCGAGCUCCAACUACGACAGCACUUACAUUGAUAGUGACAUUAAUCUAAAUGACAAAAAGAUAAACAACAACUUAACCGGGUGUCUUAGAAGGAACACAUUCCCCAUCCACAUUAAUGUUGUUAAUCCAGACAAAGCUAUUAGUCUAUCUUAGAGACCAAUAGCUUAGUUCUUUAGAAGCUUUAGAUAAAAAUUUCUCACUUCUUCACAUGAAUAUCCUUAGCCUUCCCCUCCAUCAUCAUGAACUUCUUGGUCUCUUAUCUAACAUGGACAUUGAUUUCAAGGUAAUUGGUCUAUCCGAAAUUAAACUCCUUAAAGAUAUACCAAUAUGUUUUAACACUUAUAUUCCUGGAUACGAAUUCCAUCAUACUAGUUCUAAUAGUGCCUCUGGUGGUGUGGGAAUCUAUGUUAAAUUUAAUUUGACUGUUAAUAAAAGCGAUGAUCUCAAAUAUUGUGAUAAUGAAUUUGAGACAAUUUGGAUUGGAAUUGAUAAUCCUAAAGCUAAAAAUAUUUUAUCUUGCUGUGCAUAUCGUCAC